CGAAGACGAAGAAGUUCACCAGGAAGUGACCCUCGUGUUGUGGUGUAAGCUAAAGGGAGACAGGAGCACACUUACACACAGAAAAGAGAUUAAAAGUACUAUUUUUUCCAACGGAGACAGUUUACUGAAUAAGUUGCCAUGGCCUCCUACACCUGCAUCAGCUGCAGAGUGGCUUUCACAGAUGGCGAGGUGCAGCGAGCGCACUACAAAACCGACUGGCACCGCUACAACCUGAAGCGCAAGGUCGCCGACAUGCCACCGGUCACCGCCGAGAACUUCCAGGAGCGCGUCCUGGCCCAGCGGACGGCCGCCGAACAGCAGCUGAGCGACGCGGCAGCCACCGAGGGCUGCGCCGUCUGCAACAAGAAGUUCUCCAGCGCCAACGCCUACCAGAACCACCUGCAGUCACACAAGCACCAGCAGGCCGAGAAGCAGGCCCUGCUGGCCGCCCAGAGGAAAGUAGAGAUGAUGAACGAGAAGAAUCUGGAGAAAGGGCUCGGGGACGAGAAGGUGGAUCACGAUGCCAAGAACGAGGCCCUGCAGCAGGCCCUGAAGGAGCAGCAGAGGCCCAGCCCGGCCAAGCAAGGCUCAUCAGAAGGAGUGACGAGGAAGAGGGCGGAGAAGCUGGAGAAACCUCCCAGGCUGAUGUGGCUGGAGGAGCAAGCCAAGAGGCGAGAGGGAGAAGAUGGAGCCACAGCUGUGGAAGAAGAGUGGGAGGACGUUCAGGAAGAGGAGGAAGAUGACGAUGAGAUGGAGGAGGAGGAGGAGGAGGAUGAAGAGGAGACGAUGGAUCAAGAGGAGGGAGACUCGGCCGCUGCGUCUGACCCCCGACCCCCUGCUCUGCCGGGCUCCAUCCCCGUCACCGACUGCCUGUUCUGCUCCCACCACUCCAAGUCGCUCAUGAAGAACAUCGGCCACAUGACCAAAGUCCACAGCUUCUUCAUCCCCGACGUGGAGUUCCUCGUCGACAUUAAGGGCCUCGUCCGAUACCUCGGAGAGAAAGUCGGUGCUGGAAACGUGUGUUUAUGGUGUAACGAGAAAGGCCGCUCGUUCUACUCGACAGAAGCGGUACAGAGUCACAUGACAGACAAAAGCCAUUGUAAACUCUUCACAGACGGCGACGCUGCCCUGGAGUUUGCAGACUUCUACGACUUCAGGAGCAGCUACCCAGACAGGAAGGAGGGAGAAGAUGCUGAAAUGGCCGAAGAGGAGCUGCCUGAUGACAAAAACCUGGAGUACGACGACGAAACGCUGGAGCUGACUCUACCUUCAGGUGCUACGAUCGGCCACCGCUCCCUCAUGAGGUACUACAAACAGCGGUUCGGCGCUCAGAGAGCGGUCGUGCUCACCCACAAUAAGAACGCUGUGGGCCGAGUCCUGCGGCAGUACAAAGCUCUGGGCUGGGGCGGAGACGCAGGCUCCCUCUACCAGAAACAGAAAGACAUGCAGUACGUACAGAUGAUGAAGUCAAAAUGGAUGCUGAAGCUCGGCAUGAGCAACAACGCCACCAAGCAGAAGCACUUCAGAGCCCAAGUGAUGUUCUAAACUGGGACCGGAGGGAACUGAACGUCAACGAAAUGUGACGUGGACUUUCAAAUUUAAGCUCUUUUGCUACAAGACUUUCAGUACAGCUGCGAGAAUGGCGGUUCCUUGGCACAGCGGCGGAAAGAAAAAUCAAACGUGACGAUCACGUCACGUCAGCAGUGCUAUUGUGUUUGAAGGAAACGCAGCCGUGUUGAUGUGAGGUUUAAAAACGAUAGCAAAAACCUUGAUGUGGAGAAACCUUUACCUACUUCUUGGAAUUCUCACAUGAACUUCCAACUCUGUUGUCUCUGUAAAGCUGUGUGGAAAGUGUACGUCGUCUGUAAAUCUGCUUGAGAAUGACGCGGAGGCUCAAGGAGAGGAGAUCAAGAGCAUGAAUCACAUUUAUAAAAUUAUUUUGAAACCGUUAAAAUCAAGUCAAAGCUAAAGUAGAUCAGUAUUAAGGAGGUGAUUUAACUAUUUGCGUUUUGUAGGGCUGUCCUCGAUUUUAAAGAAGUUCUUAUUCGACUUUAAAAAUGAGUUUCUCCACAAAGAAUCAAGCAAGAGCACAACAUUUCUUGGAAAUAACGCAUUCAGCAUGAACACAGCAUAAAACAUUACUAAUUGACUAAAGAAAUCUUAGCAGACUAAGACCACAAUGGCUAGGAUUGGGCAUCGAGAACCGGUUCCAACUUGGAAUCGUUCCAAAAAUUACGAUUCCAAUGGAAUCGCUUCUUUAUUGGAAUCAUUUGGAAAAUUAGUUUUUUUCUAUUGGCGAGGUCGCUUAUUGUGUUGCAGCCGCAGAGCACAGUAAGCGGUGCUCUAAAGUGUGGCUGAAAAAGCUGUAAAUCACCAUUGAAUAAAAAUGUCCUUAAGCCUGUGAUCCCGUUUCAACUCCACCACUCAAAGAAUCGGAAUAGAGAAUCAAUAAGAACCGGAAUCAGAAGGAAGAAUCAGAAUUGGAAUCAGAAUUGGAACUAGAAUUGUUAAGAUUAAAAUGAUGCCCAACCCCAAAAACAGCUGAUUUGUCGACUAAGAGGGGGCAGCCCUACUAUUUUGGACUCCGUCAGUUACGUUACACAUUUUAUUUUCAAACUUAACGACCAGAUUAAAAAUGUAAGAUUCAAUGUCCAACCAACAUCCAACCAAAUAAAUGUGUUUCAUAUUUAUUGGAAA